AUGAUAACGACAAUAAGAAAGAGGAUGCCAGAAGAUUUUGAAGCGCGCGAGUAUAUUCCACCAAAGACAUCGACGAGAUAUUUCUUUGGGAUCUGUCCCACUCUUCGAGCCCCAAGUGCUCUUCAACCAACAACAGAAAAAAGACUUAUAGUGUUUCCAAAAGAGAGAAUAGAUACCACGAUGACUCCAAUGGAGACGUGUAGUAUUGGGAAGCCAAAGGUUAUGAAACAGUUCAAACAUAUUGGUGUGGUUAACUCGCCGUUUGUCGAUCGAGUCUUUUGGAAAGCACCGUCUCAGGAACUUGUGGUCUAUACAAAGCCAUCUGAGGUCAUAGAAGAUUUCAUGAGGAGAAAUGACCCGAAGCGGAUGGAGCUGUGUGAUUGA